CAGAAACUGGAAGAAUUAAAGCGUAGUUGAGAAUGGGGGGUAGAUUAUUAUUGUUAGGGUCGUCCACUGAAGCCGCGGCAAUGGCAGUGGGGGUGAUCAGUUGCUGCUUGCUGGUGGCGGCGAUGAGUGGGGCUGCUACUGCUGCCGCCGGUAAAUGCGUGGAUGCAGACAGAGAAGUGCUCCUCAAGUUCAAGCACACCAUUCUUGACCCGUAUGACAAUCUCCGCUCCUGGGGCAACCACAGUGAUGAAGAUUGCUGCCGCGGCUGGGAGGGGGUCGAGUGUGAUAAUGCUACUGGCCAUGUCAUCCACAUCGAUCUUUCUGAUAUGUCUCUGUCCGCGAAAGACGGUGAUGGGAAGUAUAGCACCAGCCUUCCAUUCUUUGAGCUGCCCUAUUUGAAGUAUUUGGAACUUGAGGAAAACUCCUACUUGCUGGCAAACCAAAGCAUCUCAUCAUUGAUUGGGAAGAACUAUAACGGUAGUAGUAUGGUUUCCCUUGAGCAUCUGGGUCUUAGUGGCACCGGAAUUGUUGGCACCAUUCCUGAGAAUUUCGGAAAAACCAUGCCCGCCCUUGCAUACCUUGAUCUCUGCGAUAAUGGUUUACAAGGUUUCAUUCCUGAAAGUUUUGGAAACGGCAUGCCCGCCCUUACAUUCCUUUCUCUGUGUUCAAAUAAUUUAGAAGGCACCAUUCCUGAAAAUUUUGGAAACGGCAUGCCUGCCCUUGAUUUCCUUGAUCUCAGCCAUAAUAAGUUACAAGGCACCAUUCCUGAAAACUUUGGAAACAACCUGCGCGCCCUCACAUUUCUCAUCCUGCAAGCGAAUCAGUUGGAAGGUCACAUUCCUGAAGCUCUAGGAAAUAUGCCUGUCCUUGAAGACCUUGACCUUGGAAUGAAUAGACUUGCAGGAGAAUCCCCAAAUCCUUGUGGAACAUAUGCACUUUGCAACACCUGAUGUUGGAUUCCAAUCGUCUUAAUGGAAGCCUAUUCAUUACCACAAUAUGCCCAAAUCACCCUCUGAGGACCUUAUACUUGAACGGCAAUCGACUCAGAGGGCUCUUUCCCAAUCUCACGAUUUUCCCCUAUUUGGAAUUCUUAUAUUUUUCAGAUAACCUCAUAGAUGGGGCCAUUUCUGAACUUCACUUUGCUAAUCUCUCUUACCUAACUUACCUGGACCUAUCUUCAAACACUUUCACUUUUAACGUCUCCUCCACUUGGCUCCCUCCUUUCAACUUGAAAAAGAUACACCUUAGUUCUUGUAAGUUGGGACCCGAGUUUCCGAGUUGGCUUCGAACUCAAACCAACUGUAAGGUGCUUGACAUUUCCAAUAACGCCAUCUCGGAUUCAAUCCCCACCUGGUUUUGGAAUACAAUUACUAGCUUUAUGAAAGUUAAUGUUUCUAACAACGGAAUCAAGGGAAUAAUUGGAAUUGAUGCUCAAGCUUCAAUCCAGGGUGGGACGCUAGAUAUGCAUUCCAAUCAAUUAGAAGGUGUCAUUCCACCAUAUUUCUUCAAUGUGAAGCUAUUGUACCUUUCUGGGAAUAACUUCACCGACCUCAACUCCCUAUGUGAUGUCAAGGUAUUUUCUCCUUUACAGCUUUUGGAUAUCUCAUCCAAUCACCUUUCUGGAACACUUCCGAAUUGCUGGUCAAGAUUCUCUUCCCUGCAAGUUCUGAACCUGGGAAGCAAUCACAAUCUAUCAGGGACUCUUCCAACUUCCAUUGGGUCAUUGGCUUCCCUGGAGCUAUUGCAUCUUGACCAUAACAAAUUUACAGGUGCUCUACCUUCAUCCAUCAAAAACUGCUCCCGCUUAAUAUCUUUACAUCUCGGACACAACAACUUGUUUGGACCAAUACCAGAUUGGUUGGGUGAAAGUAUAACACAACUUUCGAUACUUGUGCUAACAUCCAACAACUUCAAUGCAAGUGUACCCACCACUCUGUGCCGGCUCCAGUCUCUUCAGCUGUUAGACUUGUCCCUGAAUCACCUCUCAGGGACUAUUCCCAAAUGUGUUUCUAAUCUUACUCAAAUGAUGAAUGUAACAAAUGGCAUUCCCACCAUUUCUUAUAUGUUAUCAUUCAACCACACCACCACUUCAAAUGUAACAUGGUAUACAGACGCUACAGAAGAUGACAAAAUAGAGGUUAUAUGGAAAGGUAUGGUCUCUGAAUUUGGAAGUACAUUAGGAUAUGUACAUAGCAUUGAUCUAUCAUCCAACAUGUUGAGUGGUGAGAUUCCAACUGAGAUCACAUCUCUUGUUGAGUUGGUCUCGUUGAACUUAUCACGAAACAAUCUAACAGGACAGAUUCCUCCCAGGAUUGGUAACUUGGCACAAUUGAAUUCUCUUGAUUUGUCUACUAACCAUUUGUCUGGUAGCAUUCCUCAAAGCAUUGCCCUGAUUCACGACAUAGGGGAUCUCAAAUUGUCCAAUAAUAACUUAUCUGAAAAAAUUCCGAAAGGCACACAACUUCAGAGCUUUGAUGCAAGUGCAUACAUGGGGAAUCCAGCGCUAUGUGGAGAUCCACUCCCUAGCUGUUCAGGAGAAGAAUCAACUCAUCCUUCUCCUCAUCAAUUCAGUGAAGAAGAAGGAGCUUCUAGUAUAGAAGAAGAGAAUAAGCUUAUUGGCGGUGAUAUUUAUGCAUACAUAGGGGUCGGAUAUGUGGUUGGAUUUUUGGGAGUUCUUGGGACAAUGCUAUUCAACAGGUCUUGUAGGUUUGCAUUUUUCGAAGUCCUUGAAAACUUUGCUAAUUGGACUUAUGUUGUGGUCGCAGUGCACAAGGCUAAGUUCCUGAGAUCACUUGGUGGUUAACAGGCCAGUGUAUAUGCCCUCCCUCCAUAUUGAAAAGCUGAUAAGGGUAUCAUUUCAUGUUAUUUCAAUAUUUGUGGUCUGUUUUCUGAAAUUUCUACUGCAUCAUUUCUUUUUAUGUGUUCUCUAUGUUAGUUUUUGCUAAGUUUUGUGUAUUUUAAUAACCUGAUGGGAAUGUUUCGGCAUGGAUACUGGUCGUCGUUAGCUUAGUAGUAUUAAAGUAUACCUUUUGCGGCA